AUGCAGAUUCCUAAUGAAUAUGUGUCUACCGCUGAAGAUGUCGCCGACCAGGUAAUAAGAAAGGGCAAACAUAUCCUGCCGACGGUAGCACGAUUAUGUCUCAUUUCCACAUUCCUUGAAGAUGGUCUUCGGAUGUGGUUCCAAUGGUCAGAACAAAGAGAUUACAUGGAUAUGUCAUGGGGCUGUGGGAAAUUUCUCGCAACUAUGUUUGUUAUAAUAAAUCUAUUCGGUCAGCUGGGCGGAUGUGUCAUGGUAUUGGGAAGAUGGAAGGUUGACAUAGCAUGUGGAGUACUUUUCUUUAUUGUAGUGUUACAGACAUUCGCAUACAGCAUAUUAUGGGAUAUGCAAUUUCUACUACGAAACUUAGCCCUCAUUGGAGCUCUGUUACUAGUCGUGGCAGAGGCCCGUGCUGAGGGACGAAGUCUCUUCGCAGGCGUACCUUCCCUUGGUGAAAACAAGCCGAAGUCGUACCUGCAAUUAGCUGGAAGGAUCCUGUUAGCCUUCAUGUUUAUCACCUUGUUAAGAUUCGAAAUCUCAUUCUUACAGAUCGUACAAGACUUGCUGGGAAGUAUUCUCAUGAUUCUCGUGACGGUCGGAUACCGCACUAAACUGUCUGCUCUAAUGUUGGUACUGGUACUCUCAGUACUUAAUCUGUACCACAACGCGUGGUGGGCUGUACCCAGUUAUAAACCACUCAGGGACUUCCUUAAAUAUGACUUUUUCCAGACACUGUCAGUGAUUGGGGGUCUUCUAAUGAUUGUGUACCUCGGGCCGGGUGGAGUGAGUAUGGAUGAACACAAGAAAAAGUGGUAG